UAAGAUAAAUGGGAAACAUAUCUAUAUAAUAAAUAAAUAUAAUUUUACACACAAAAUCAAUAGGAAGAAUAGCAAACAAUUUUAGACUUUGGUUUAGACUUUAUGACUUUGAUGCCCAAAAUCCCUUCACCCGUGCGAGGACCAACUACAUUCAGACGUGUGGAAUACAUCCCAAGGACGCCUUGGCCAAUGCACUAGCAAGAUUAGCUCUACACCUCGAAGGCCUCAACAAACCCCAGUGAUGUCCUCUUCGGCCACCACCGCAACCGUCACUCGCGGCUACCACCUCCAGAUCACCGGCGGCCCCCGGAGGAAACAUGGUGAUGGGUUUCUUCUGCUUUGUCUUUUCUUCAUGUCGCUUAGCUCCAUCUUUGGUGGUAUCUUUGCUAACCCUAUUAAAACCUUGUGUUUUCUUGAGGAAGAAGAAGAACAGCUUUGAGACUUGAAAUUUUUAGUCGAUAAAGCUGAAUUUGGCUUUGACUUCGCUAAACAAAGAGAACCCAAAUCUUUCUUGUCGCUGUUCAAGAGUCUAGCCGAAGAUAAAGGGAAAAGAUACCUACUUUGAUCAUCAAGAUCAUCAAAGUCUUGUUCUUUAAUGAGUUUGCCACAGAAAACGAUGUCGUCUUUAUUGUUUGAGAAAGCGUUUAGUGUGAAGGGAAACUCAAAGAGUUCAUGAGAAGGAGAGGUCGGUGGGUGGUGAUCAAAUGGAUCAAGGUCUUGCUUUUCAAGUGGAAGGUCACAAAGGGAGAGAGUUUCUUCAAGUUCUUCUUGGUUGGUGUUGUAAGUAUCUUUUUGAUCCAUGCUUUUUGGGUUAUUUUUGGAGUAAGAAACAAAUUUCCAAGAGAAGAAAUGAGAGAGAGAGAUGGCAAGAGAAGUGAAUAAUGGGCUAUGGAAAGUUUGAUAGCCAACUUUUCCUUUAUAUAGUUGUAGGAUAUUUGGUUGGGCUUUCUAGAGGGAUGGGUAGUUAAAAAUUAAGAAGAAUAAUAAAAAUAUUAUGGGAUGGUUGCUUUGAUAGAAUAAUAAUAUUAUGGGAUGGUUGCUUUGAUAGAAUAAUAAUAUUAUGGGAUGGUUGCUUUGAAAGGAGGGCUUCUAGAGGGAAAGAACAGUUUAAAGAAGUGAGGAAGAAGAGCAAAGAAACCAAGAAUAGUGGGGGUGGGGCAAGAGGUGAAAGAAUUGACUAGGGCAAAUAGGAAUGAAAGAAGCUUCAAAAGAAAUUAAAUAAAAAAAAUCUAAAACCGAGUAGUUUCUCUAGAAGGAUAAAUAAAAAAAUCUAAAACCGAGUAGUUUCUCUAGAAGGAUAAAUAGGAUUGGUCCAAAACGGAGAGAAAAAGAAAAAGAAAAGGCGAAGAAGGGGCAUUCCGAGAAUUGAACUCGGGACCUCUCGCACCCUAAGCGAGAAUCAUACCACUAGACCAAAUGCCCUUGCUGAUGGGAGGUUUUUAACCAAUUUUAAACAUUUCUAAUCUUGAAUUUAACUUAAGAACCAUAAACCCUUCGAAAUGACAAAAACCCCUCUUCAAUAUUUCGGUCUCUGAAAUCUAAAUCGAAGGCAAAAGCUGAUAGAAAUGGCGAGAGCUGCUCUCUUCCACUUGCUCAGAUCCCAAUCCAAGCAACUCAUUUCAAGAAACAUCCAUUCAGGUUAUCCUUGUAGGUUGGCAGCAUGGUCCUAUACCCAAUAUGCCAAGCCCAACCUCAACUCUGCAACGAGCAUUUUCACUGUCCAGAGAAGGUGGACUUCUCAAGCUACAACAACUGAAAAUGACAACAAAAUCAGCAUUGGUCCUCGCAAAGGCAGAGAAGAGGAGGAAGAUGAGAAGGAAAGAGGGGUUGUUUACAAUGGUCCAAUCUCAUCUACCAUCAAGAAAGUAAAGCUGCUUUCUCUUUCAACAUGCUGCCUCUCAGUAUCAUUAGGCCCUGUAAUAACGUUCAUGACAUCUCCAGAUAUGAAUGUGAUUCUGAAAGGUGCAGUGGCAUCCUCUGUGAUAUUCUUCAGUGCUACAACAACUGCUGUACUUCACUGGUUUGUAAGCCCUUACAUCCACAAGAUCAGGUGGCAGCCGGGUUCAGGCAGCUUCGAGGUGGAGAUGAUGUCAUGGUUGGCAACAUAUAUUCCGCGAACUAUAAAGUUUGCUGAUAUCCGACCACCAGAGACCAACAGGCCCUUUGUGACAUUUAAGGCCAAUGGAAAUUUCUACUUUGUUGAUGAAGAGCACUGUCAUAACAAGGCAUUGUUGGCAAGACUGACACCCCAGAAGGCAACUCAUGAUUCAGCUCUUAAGAACUUAUGAUUGGAACAGUUGGGAGCUCGUAUAAGUUUCAAUCGUCAAGAUGAGCUGUAAUUUGGAUUAUGAUAAAGCCCUGAACAGUUCAACCCUUUUCGGAGAAGCCUGUUGAUUACAGAAACACAAAAGUUUGAUGUUUUUCAUUAGAAUUUCAGUUUAUUGCUGCUUGGUAGUUUUUGAUCCACAUGGUUUCCUUAAGAGGAAUAAAAAUGUUAUAUUUGCUUGCAA